GGGACAUGGGAGACCACUUAGUUCCUGUAUAUUUCAGGAAAUUGUCCAUAAGUACAACGACCUUGUUUGCCAAGGCAGAUAAAUUAUAAGUGCAAAAUUCCAACCGGUCGUUGUUUUACUUUCCUUUACAACUAGAUGCAUAGAAGUGUGUCAUUACAUUCAUUAUAUUACCAUUCCUUCUUUCUCUUGACUCUUUAACUCUAGUGGACUUUUUGUUGGGUCAUUCGUUCUUUCUUGCUUCUAUCUUCUGAGAAUCGGUAUUUUGUUGCUAAUUUCGCGGAUCGCUCACGAUUAUCAGUAGCUAGAUAAUUGGAAGAAAUCCCCAAUACAUCAUUCAUUUAUAACUCACCAAUUCAAGCAUUUGUUAUUUUCUGGGCCUUUACCUCCUUCUUUCAAUCAGUAUACAUUACCAGCGUUUACUUGUAUCAUAAUUCUUUUGUUAAUGUUACCAUAAUCAUGGUUUCUAUUCAUUUCAUUCUUCUAGGAGUUCUCUCGACAGUCAUCACACAAAGUUAUGCUCAAGGGACAUUUACGCCUGAGAGGCCGCCUGCUGUUCCUUUGAUGGUCAAAUCGCCUUAUCUGAAUAGUUGGCAAAACUUUGGAACUAACGCUCGUGAUUAUAAAAAUGGCAAUAGUCUUGCUUUGCGAUGGAGUACCUUCUGGCACAACCAAAUCACGGGAAUGACAGGAAUUGUAAUGGUAGAUGGUGAAUCAUUGACUUGGAUGGGGUAUCCUUUCGCAGCUGACAACACUACUCUACUAAAAUCUGCCAAGCAGUCGUCUUUUGAAUAUACCUCUACAAAGAGUAUUUUUACUUUUGAUGUAGGGGGAAAAAUUAAUUUGACGGCUACGUUUUUAUCACCUCUUAACCCGCAAGAUUUGAAACAACAAUCUUUGACUAUGGCAUAUUUACAUGUGGAUGUGGUGUCUACGGAUGGGAACACUCAUGAUGUGUCGGUUUAUGCAGAUAUUUCGGCUGAAUGGAUUUCUGGUGAUCGAACUACUACGGCGCAAUGGGAUUAUGGAGUGACAGAUGAUAAAGUUGCAUAUCAUAGAGUCUAUCGACAAGAGCAACUAGCAUUUACUGAAAUCAACGAGCAAGCCGAAUGGGGAUAUUGGUAUUGGGCCACUCAAGAUAAUACCAAUAUCACAUAUCAAUCUGGGGCAGACAAAUUUGUUCGGGCUGCUUUUCAAAACAAUGGAAAGCUUCCAAAUACUAAAGACUGGAAUUUUCGAGCAAUAAAUGAUGAGUUUCCGACGUUUGGUUUUGCUAAGAAUUUUGGAUCGCUGUUCACGACGGUUCAGGAGGUAGUAUUUGUGUUGGGAUUGGCCCAGAAAGAUGCAAUUCAGUUUGAUGGAAGCGGUGGUAAUACUACAUUGCCAUCCUUAUGGACAUCAUAUUUUGCUACUGACACCGAUGCGUUGUCAUUUUUCUACAACGAAUGGGACACAUCCUACAGCUGCUCCAAUGCUUUCGACAAAAUGAUUCGUCAAGACUCCCUUGAUUUUGGUGGCCAAGAUUACUUGACUAUCACCUCCCUAUCCGCACGACAAGCAUUCGCCGCAACUCAACUCGUAGGUAAUUCCUCAAACCCAUACCUCUUCGUCAAAGAGAUAUCCUCCGACGGCAACGUCCAAACUGUCGACGUGCUGUUUCCAAUGCACCCUAUCCUUCUCUAUACCAACCCACUUCUUCUCAAACUAGCCCUCAAGCCUCUGUUUGAAAACCAAGAAACAGGUCGCUAUCCCAACACCUACAGUAUGCACGAUCUCGGUUCUGCCUACCCUAAUGCUACUGGUCAUUCCGCCGGAGAUGAUGAGGAAAUGCCAUUGGAGGAGUGCGGAAACAUGCUUAUCAUGUCCCUUUCUUACUUCCGCGCUUCCAAUGAUACAGAAUUUUUGAACGAUCAUUAUGAAAUUUUGGAUCAAUGGACUCAAUACCUGGUUGCUUCUGCGCUGAUUCCCGCGAAUCAACUGAGCACAGAUGAUUUUGCCGGUAAAUUGGUUAAUCAGACAAAUCUGGCGUUAAAGGGUAUCAUUGGGAUUAAAGCGAUGGCCGAAAUUGCUUCUUUGACCUCUCAUUCUGAUGUUUCGGCAAAUUACAGCUCCAUUGCUCAGGAAUAUGUGGAACAGUGGAUACAUCUCGCAGUUGCAAAUACUACGAGCUCUUCCGAUUCUUCACCAAUGCUUGCCCAUACAUCACUCAACUACGCGAAUCCUUCAUCCUAUUCUCUCCUCUAUAAUCUCUUCCCAGAUAAACUCCUCUCUUUGAACCUUAUUCCUCAAUCUAUUUACGACAUGCAAUCCGCCUUCUACCCAUCAGUAAUGAACACCUACGGUGUUCCACUAGACUCGAGACAUGAAUGGACGAAAAGUGAUUGGAACAUUUGGUGUGCAUCUAUUGCAUCGGAGCAGACGAAGAUAGAAAUGAUAGGGAAUGUUGCAAAGUUUGUGGGAAUGAGUGAAUCGGGAGUAGCGUUGACGGACUUCUAUGAUACAAAGACAGCGGAAUUGGCGGACUUUGAUGCUCAUUUUAUCGCAAGGCCGGUUGUGGGUGGGCAUUAUGCAGGAUUGGCUUUGAAGAAAUUGGGAUUUGGAGUGUAGAAGUGAGGUGAUGGAAGAAGUAAGAGCAUAAUUAGAAUUGAGGGAUGGAUGCCACUGGAUGCUAGAAAUUCAGUUUGUAUUACUUAGAAGUCUAUUUUUCAUUUUUAUCUUGUUUUGGGAGUUAGGAGUUGAAAAUCAGCGUGUAAUAUCUAGACAAGCAUUGGAAUUGGAGCGGGAGCGGGAGAAAACUUGAGAUAGCUAUUAGAGGACUCGCCAUUAGACGAGUCAGUAUACCUCAAUGUAAAAACAAAUCAGCGCGCUUCAUUUUAUCCUUCAAUGCUGAUAUGACAAUAUACUUGUGCA